CGAAUAUUGGAGAGUACUAAUUUGCUUAUAUUAAUCAUGAAUAUUAGACUUCAUUAUUUCAAUGACUCGAAUCCCAUCUUCGUCAUCCUCGUUCCCUCCAAGAUCAGACUCUCUCUCGAUUUUGAAUACCCUCGCGUUGUUCUCAGAGAACCUUUUUGUUUCUGGGAAAAUCCUAGGAGCUGGCCAAAAAAAUCCGAGAGUAACGCGAGAGACAAUCAUCGUUCCGAUUUAGGAUCCAGCAAUCCAUUUUUGUUAUCUGUCAGCCAUGGCGACUCUCCGAUACACUGAGCUGAGCUAUGAAUCAACGACCCUGUUCUGACGAUUUCUCACCGAUCAUGCUCAUAUCGGUUCGCAGAAAUUGAGGAAAAAGCUUGUGCGGCGACUAUAAUGUGAAGGAUCGAUAUGACAGGUAACGCAGAUUCCGGUAAAAUCGCGACAGAGAAAGACCCUAGGAAGAUCGUUUUCACCAAAUUGGAGUUAUCUCCCGUCUUCCUUGAGUCUCCUGUUAAAGAAAUUCCUCCUUUUCCUCCGAUUUCUCGAGAGCAUUCAGAAACAAAGGAUACGACAGAUCAGGAAGGCAUUACUUGGAGGAAACGAUGUCGAUGCAAACAAUCCAAAUGUCUAAAGUUGUACUGUGACUGUUUUGCAUCAGGAGUGUUAUGUACCGACUGUGAUUGUGUUGAUUGUCAUAACAACUCUGACAACUAUGAUGCCAGAGAUGCAGCUGUGGUGAAUGUACUAGGUCGCAACCCAAAUGCCUUCAAUGAGAAACUUUUUAGCAGCAUAAAUGACAAGCAGUGUAAGGCUGCACCUGAUACUAGACCUGGACUGCUUUCGAGAGGCUGUAAAUGCAAAAGAACCAAGUGCUUGAAGAAGUACUGUGAAUGCUUUCAGGCUAAUGUUUUGUGCUCAGACAACUGUAAAUGCAUCAACUGCAAGAAUGUUAGUGAAGCGUUCCAGCCUUCUGUUUUUGCCUGGGGACUAAACAGUAGGAAGCUUUACGAAGGAUUUGAUAAUCCAGAGAAGAAGUUUGUCUGUGAUCUAGGAAUCAUUUCUCCUAGCGAAGACAGUGUCGGCUUUAACAGCCACAAUACUGCUGGUUGUAUGAAUUAUGCUCCUGGAUUUUCUGCUCACAAUUCCCCACAGGUAUACCGGAGAAGAAGACACCAAGAGCUACCUGAGCAGUGGAAUUCUUGUCCAGCUCCAUUAUUUUCGAUACCUGACAAUUCCAUUCAAAAUGCUCUGGGUUCCCCUAUGUCUAGCUCUCCUAAGCUUCCUUACAGAAAGAAAAAGCCCCCAUUGGGAUAUGCUUCCACAGUUGUUCCAGAUUUGGGAGAUAUAUGCUCACUUCUCUUAGCAGCAUCUGAAACUGCUACAGCCAAUGCAGACCAGAACAGGAUAUGUAUAAAGCCUGAUGAUAAGGUAGACAACGUGUACACUGAGGUAUUGAGUGAGUCUGAAAGCGGUAAUGUGGAAGAAGAAAUACAGUCCUUUCGAAGAUUGAUCGAACUGAUAGAUGCUCAAUACAAUGGAGAAGAGCAUUCCAAAUGUAAGACCGAGACAAGUGUCCAUGAAACAGAUAUAUACAUGGAGCAGGAAAGGGCAGUGCUUGAAACUUUCAGAGACUGUCUCCAAACGUUCAUCAAAUCGAGACUGGAUUCUAUUUAAUCCCUCCAUUCUCAGAGUCCACUUACUAUACGUUUAGUUGCUAUUUGUGACAUGUCAGGUUCAUUCAAGAAGCAGCGAGCUAAACCAUGAUAUGAAGCUGAAACAGAUCAACGAUUUUUUAAACACGAAUUAACAAUUAGAAACCACA